GUUGACAAGUUAAUCCAUUACCAAAUCAUGAACCAUAUUAAUAAUUUAAUAUACUACUGUAGUAUAUAUACAAUUAUACAUAUAUAUACCUUAAUUCAGAGUACUUCUCAAUUUCUCAUCAAAAAGAAAAUUCCCAAAAAAAAAUGUCAGAAACGAAGCUAAUAGUAAUGGUUCCAACCCCAGCAAUGGGCCAUUUACCCUCAAGCGUUGAGUUCGCGAAGCUUCUUGUCCAACGAGACCAACGCAUUUCAAUCCUACUCGUAAUCCUCCACUCCCCAAUCUUUAACACCUCGAAAGCUAUCGAUGCUUAUGUAGAGUCUCAAUCCCUUGAAACCGACCCAAAUCGAAUCACUUUCUUAACAUUUCCACCUGUUGCGGUGCCUAAUAAUGAUCCUCUCUCCUCCAACUUCUUCAGCACUGUCAUCGAGCUUCAAAAGCAGCUUGUCAAGAAGGCGGUCGAGGAUCAAGGUAUGAAACCGACUGCGUUUGUCAUCGAUAUGAUGUAUGUCUCGAUGAUGGAUGUUGCUAGGGAACUUGAUGUUCCUUUUUAGGUUUACUUCACCUCUGGGGCUAAUCUCUUAAGCGUGUUCUUACAUGCUCAAUCUCUUUAUGAUGAUGAGGGGGUUGAUAUUAUUUUCACCGGGUUUGUUGAUUCGAAUGCGGAGAUAGAUGUACCCGAGUUCAAGAACCGAGUUCCGGUUAAAGCGUUACCUUGGUUUGGUUCUGUCGAUAAAGAUAGUGAGAGUCAUAAAUUAGUUAUUGAUAUGCCUAGGAUGUUUAGACAGUCGAAGGGUAUUCUCAUCAAUACAUUUAUGGAGCUUGAAUCGUAUGUGAUUCGAGUUUUGAUCGAUCAGAGUAAGAGCAAGAGCAAGGUCCCUUCCAUUUAUCCUGUGGGGCCUAUUCUAUCACUCGAUGGAAGGAGCCAACACGAAGUUCAGGAUCAAGACUUGAUCAUGGAGUGGCUAGAUGAGCAACCUUUAUCCUCGGUCGUGUUUCUAUGCUUCGGAAGCAUGGGAGGGUUCGAUGUAGACCAGGUAACGGAGAUAGCCAACGGCCUAGAUCGAUCCGGGUUUCGAUUCUUGUGGUCCUUACCACAAUCGGCUCCAAAGGUUAAUCUAGGGAGUUCGAUGGAAAAUUACAACCUUUUCGAGGCCUUACCUGAAGGCUUCGUGGACCGAAUGGCCCAUCGAGGAAAAAUAAUUAAAUGGGCCCCACAAGUCCAAAUCUUGGCUCAUAGAGCCAUCGGAGGUUUCGUGACACACUGUGGAUGGAACUCGAUAUUAGAAAGCCUAUGGUUCGGGGUCCCAAUGGCUACAUGGCCGAUGUGCGCGGAUCAACAAUUGAAUGCGUUUGAGUUGGUGAAGGAGUUAGGAUUGGGUGUGGAGUUUAGCAUAAAUUAUCGGCUGAAUUUUAUGAUAGGAAAGGGAAAUUAUUUAGUGACUGCUGAGGAGGUAGAAAAUGGUGUGAAAAGGCUAAUGAAUAUGGAUGAAGAAAUUAGAGAUAAAUUGCGAGAGAUUAGUGAUUUAAGUAGAAAGGCUUUGAAAGAUGGUGGAUCAUCUAAUUAUGAGUUGAUUCGUUUUAUUGAAGACUUCUUGCAUAAUUAGUAGUAAAUCCUAUUAGAAGUUAUUCUGUAUGUAUAUGGUCAAGCAAACAAUUUUAUGUACUUUUUAUGUACGUUUAUUAGUGAUUAGUGAAGAGAAAACAUAUUUCAAUAACUUGAAGUGACAGGAGUGCUAAUUCAAGUAACUAAGUCAUAUUAAGCAAAGUCAACAAUAUGCUGAUGUUGGCUACUCCCCAAUGUGGCUUCUUUUGGAUGAUGUAUGUACCCUUGCUAAAUCUUUUCCUGCUUUUAUUAAAAUUUCACGGAUACUUAGAGUAGGAAAUACGGUUGCUCAUCUUGUUUCAAGGUGAGACACCCAUAUGUUCGGGCCUAGUUUGUAAUAACUCUUUCCCGCAAAAACUCCUAGACUUGACGGAGUUUGUUUUGAAAUAAAAUAU